ACACUCUGUGGUGGCGAAAUUGACAAGCAUAGUCAGCAUCAGCCUAAUUUUAUAGAGGAGGCGCUUGUUUUUGUUCAGAUACUUUGCCACUUUAUUGCAAUGUAAAACAUCAUGCUGAAGGAAGCUUGAACCGCGGUAGCGGUUCCAAAGGUAGCGGCUAAAACUAAGGUCGAAGGGAGCGCCACACGAUCUUCUCUGGUAUCACUACCGUUUCGUCUACAUUCGUCGUCGACUUUUUGUGUUGACUGUCGUGUCACUCGAGUCGUCUUGAGGUUAUUACAGAAGCGAGCGCGGUUAGCUGCGUGUAAAUACCGUGUGUUCUUCGUCCAGCCGCAGAUACGGUGUGCCGAGCCUGGCUUGAAACCCGCUACGCCGACAGGUGUUCAGAGAGGCCGCGAAACUACAGCAGCAGCAGCAGCCGACCAGUGCGCCAUGUCACGUCGCUCGAAGACACUCUGGUGGCAGUGCUGAAGCGGAGAGAAGUCCUGCUGGGGACAUGAUACUUCUGCUGUCUGGCUAUCGGCAUCACUCCUGGCUGUGCUUGUGCAGGUGCUGCCCGAUGGAUCGGGCAUUGAUUCAGGGCAUCAAGCGUCUGCGAGUGCUGACCCCAUACGACUAUGAAAACAUGGAUGAACUCGUCCAGGACCUGACUAGUGCCCUUGAGGAGUCCUCCUCCUCUGCUCAGCAUUGCCACCCAUCGCAGCGCAAGUGGUGCUCCAAGAAGGCUCUUUUGCCCCUCGACCCUGCACGUCUGCCAGGGAGUGUCUCAUCUUCUACCACGUGCCAGACCACCCGCUCUGCCAUUUCUGGAGAUGACUCUGAAUCCAGCCUGGAAGGGCGUGCCUUGUCUGGAAUGCUGGAUGCUGUGCAGAGCGACUCAGACGACCUGCUCCAGCGCCUGUGCGCGUGGCGCCACCGGCAGGCCAACGCAGCUGAAUCGGACUCGCUCAACGAGAACUGCCUGCCCACAACAGCGAGACCGCAACGACGCAAGCGAAAGCUCAAGCGAAUGGCUGUGGACCUGGAGCCACCGUCUGGGGACUCGUCCCAAGGAUUGCCAGACAUCAGCAAGCCGGUGGCUUUGUCUCAACCCAAGGGAAGCACAGCCGAAGGAUCCCAGCAGCUGUGCGGUCCUCCAGCCGUGAGGGCAGGUGCUAGCAGCCUGUGUGGUAAAAGGAAGCGCAGCAUGCGUGAGCGCAGCCUCGAGUCAGUGGGCCACCGACGUUCCUCUGAAUGCUGUGAUGACAUGGAACUGGAAGAGUCCAAGCCUCACCAUGGCGAAGCCAGCAGCAGCAGCCUGAGCAGCAGUGAGAGCGAUGCUGGCAUCUUGACAAAUGACGAAGGUCGGGAAGGAGACGAUGAGCAGAGCGACUUCUUCCACGAGGGCGGACCCAGCUGCUGGUGGGACGAACUGGACGGAGAGCUGGAUGCUCGCUUCCAAGCCAUCUUGGCUGGCAGCCUCAAGCACCUGUCACCCGCAGCACGUCAAGCCUACCACAAUAAUGCCAAGGGUGGCAGAGCCAUUCGGUCUGGCCGGCGGAGGCUUGCCAAAUCGGUGGUGUCAAUUUCCCUCCCCACAACUUCAUCUCAUAGAUCGGUGGAGUUCCUGUCAAAGUCAGAGAACUGGCCAGGGUCUGUUUCAAGUGAGCGUGUUUCACGUACCUGCCUGGCAGAAGUGAAGCGUCGCCGUCGUACACCUCCCACGGGACCCAUAGUCCCAGGAUUGGUCGGCAGUAGGGCUGCUCCCGUAGGAGAGUCCAGUGUGGGCCACCAACUGCUCCGGCGACUUGGUUGGGAGCCUGGUCGGGGACUGGGGCCAGUCGGUGCAGGGGUGCUGCUGCCAGUGCCAGCACAUGUGCGUCCACGUGGGCGCCCAGGUUUGGGCUUUGCACCCCCACCGCCGCCGCCGCCCCCAUCACCACAGCCCACGGCACCGCAGACAACCGGUGCGGAGGGAACCUCAUUUUCCAGCUGACCACUUCUGCAUCCAACCACUCUUUUUACACUGCCAACUAGCAGGCUACGUGGCACACCCAGAAUCUCGUACCAGCGGCCACCUAAGGUAUGAAGGCGGCGUGCGAGCACUGCCAGCUACAGCUGCUGUAUGGGGUCUGCCUGCAAAGCGUUCUUGGCUGAGAAAGGCCAGGCUUCGUGUGGUCAUCAUCAGUGCCUGAUGGAAUGGGAGUCCAGCAUGCUGACCUCUUCUUGGGGUGGACUGGACACACCGUGUGUGUGGCUCAGCAGCAGACUGAUUGAGAAGUUCAUACUUAGGUGAUUUGUGGUGCCCUAAAAGUUGGAAGGGGCCGUGUUUCCUCUUGCCAGUCAUGGACAUUCGUUGGUAUUGUUUUAGCAAGGGACGUGCUUCAUUUUUUUCAUAAUCAUGGUUAAAAGUGCUCGGCACAUUGUCUCUUGUGGCAAGUUUUUACUCUCAUUUCUGUGCUGUUGUCGCAUCAUUGCUCUAUUUUCUCUAAAUACAGCCUUGCUUCUUUUUAUUGCUGAUGGUUGGCUCCAGUUACUUUGUAAUAUAGAAGCCAGUGAAUUACACCUUUUGUUGCUCUUCUUGUCAUACGCACCUCUUGGUGAGAAAUGUUUUAGUGGAGCACCAUAUCACGAGCUGUUGUUUUCUAAAUCCCACCUUAUAAUAAAGCAUUUUGGAUAAAUUAAAAUGUGUGAUGCCUCAUAGUAUUGCAGUGAUUUUUACUUCUGGUCUUGGAAAUUGAUCCUGUAAAUAUAUUUGAAAAUUCAGAAGAACAAUGCAAUUUUUCCACUUGGCUUGCAGCCUUAAACAUCAUUCACGCUUUACUUGCAAACACUAAUUUCUUGGAUCACAUCAUGCUGCUAUAGAAUGUUAUUACUAAAGACAACGAACAUUUGUAAGCUAAUAAAUGGGUAGCUUUUUUACUGUU